UCCCGCGGUGCGUCGUCGGUCCGGACACGGGACCAGACAAGUGAUGCUCUGAGCUGCGCUGUUGCUCCGCUGUCGCCUCGCGUCUCUGCAGCAAACAGGGCUGGAGAUGGUCCCAUGCUCGAGUCUCCGGCUCCGAUCAGAGGUUAGACUCUCAGUCAACAGAGGGCCACCGCCACAAACACAUCAACCACCCUCCUUCUGCCGUCUGGCAAGAGUCAUCCAUCUCCCUGCAUUCAUCUAAACAGCAGUGAAGACGGACAGGGCUGAGUGGUCCGGCACGUAGGGCUAUAUGUGUGUGUGUGUGUGUGAGGGGCAGUACUGUUGACCAGGCUAUGAGUGCGUCUCAGAAGGAGAGCCGUUCGAUGCUGAGUUGAGCAAAAGGAGCCAGAACAGGAGAAACUGUGAGAGGAGCAGCCAUGGGGCUCGGACAAUCCAGCAAGGCUCCGGUCACAGAUGACACGGACGAGGUCAAUUUCGACCACUUCCAGAUCUUAAGGGCAAUAGGAAAAGGGAGCUUCGGAAAGGUCUGCAUCGUGCAGAAGAAGGACACUAAGAAGAUGUACGCCAUGAAGUACAUGAACAAGCUGAAAUGUGUGGAGCGGAACGAAGUGAGGAAUGUCCUGAAAGAGCUGCAGAUCAUGCAGAACCUCGAGCAUCCAUUCCUGGUCAACUUCUGGUAUUCCUUCCAGGAUGAGGAGGACAUGUUCAUGGUGGUGGAUUUGCUCCUGGGAGGUGACCUGCGCUAUCACCUCCAGCAGAACGUUCACUUCUCAGAGAGCACUGUCAAACUCUACAUCUGUGAAUUGGCCCUGGCUCUUGGGUACCUCUGCACUAAGCGCAUCAUACACAGAGACAUCAAACCUGACAACAUACUACUGGAUGAGCAUGGCCACGUCCAUCUCACAGACUUCAACAUUGCAGCGAUUGUCAAAGAGGACUUAAAAGCAACGUCCAUUGCUGGGACCAAGCCAUACAUGGCUCCUGAGCUCUUUCAGACCUUUGAGGGUUCCCACCCUGGCUACUCCUUCUCUGUCGACUGGUGGUCGCUGGGCAUCACAGCCUAUGAACUACUAAGAGGACAGAGACCAUAUGUGAUGAGAUCCAGCACACCAGCUAAUGAGAUCCUUCAGACCUUCCACAAGGUCCAUCCCAGCUACCCAGCAGGCUGGUCUUUGGAGAUGAAGUCUCUUCUCAGAAAGUUGCUCUACAUAGAUGUCCAGAAGCGCAUUUCCUGCCUAGCUGAGCUGCAGGAUCUGGACUACAUGUCAGAUGUCAACUGGGUCGCAGUGCUCAGCAAACAUCUUCCUCCAGGCUUUAUUCCCAAUAGGCGGAGGCUAAACUGUGACCCCACAUUUGAGCUGGAGGAAAUGAUUCUGGAGUCCAAACCGCUUCACAAGAAGAAGAAACGGCUCGCUAGAAAGACCAGGGACCAGGGAUCUGAUGGAUCUCCGCAGAAUGGUCAGAUGCAGCAGCGACUGGAUAACGUCCAGAGAGACUUCAUUGUCUUCAACAGAGAAAAGUCAAAGAAAGUCGGGGUGGACACGGAGUCUUCAGAGCUUUCCACGAGUGACAAGAACAAGGCGAUAGAGGAUGGACAGAAUAAUAAUGUUAAGCCGGCUGCUUACUUAUCAGGAUAGAGCUCAUGACCCCACUCCAUUAUCACUUUCACCUGCCCACAGCUUGUAGAUCAGCAAUUUGCACACAAGACACCACAUUGUUCAUUCAGCACAGACACUCAGAAGUGGUCACCAGUGUUCCUGCACCACCAUUGCAUCUAUUCAAAAACAAAUGUAUGCACCUGUGCAUUGCUGUUCACACAUUAUGAAGAGCUGCAGAACUGCAGGAGUGAAAGUGACCUCAGGGUUUUCACUUUCCUGUCACCAAGAGGAAUGACUCUCUGCUGGGCGUCACUCAUAUUUCAUGCUCCCGUACAUCAUCCUGGUGCUCUGAGGUCGGCUCAGCCUGUCGUGUUCUGAAGUGAAGUGGCGGUCACAAAGGAGACGACGCCACAUCAGCUGCCAUUAGGAAAUAAAGCAGACAUGGUCAACGGCUUAGACUUCUCUCAGUCUCAGCAAGGCAUUUUCUGGUUAAUAAUUUAAAUUUAACAAUGGUCCUCCUGUGCUACAUUGAAUGGCAUGGCACAGGGAGUUGAGUUGGCUUCUAAAAGACAAAACUGUUGACUGGACAGCUGUGUUCCGACAUCGACAUGACUUGAGCGGGACACCAAGAGUCCACAAACAUUCAGAGGUUAAUAAGAUAAAAGGAGGCCUUUGUUUUUAUCGCAGCAACCACAGAUUCCUCCAGCAUAGAAGUUAAUGAGCUGAGCUGUAGACUUGAGCAUGAAUGGCUUACUUUAUCAUAGCAGCAGACACAUGGUCGUCAUUAUACUUAGCUUUGAUAGUCAAGAUAACAAAGACUGCAACAUUUGAUACAAGGAACUAGCUUCAUCAGAUGCAGAUAAAGGCAAAAGCAGCUCUUCUUCACUACUGUAUGAUUCAACCUGCUGUACAGCCGAUCCAGAAUUUUGAAAUGCAGAAACAAAAGUUUUGAAUUUAAUCUUGAAGGUCUAUUCGUGACCUUGGAAGUUUUUAUGGAGCUUUGUAGUUAAGGCCACGCAUGAAGUGAUAAAUUGUUUUUGUCAAAAUCCUUUAAAAGACUGAUAAUUUGGAUUAACUUUUGCCUCAAUCUGCAGGCGACCACCUAGGUUCUUCAAACAAAGCUACAAAGAAAUAGAAAAGUUAGACGGUAGAGGUUAUAUGUUCUGCACUAAGCCUCGCUUUUGCACAUGCUUCUUCAUCAAUUGUAGCAUUGAUGCACAGAGAGACAAAAAAAUCUUAAACUGUGAGUAAAUACUUAUUCCCUUAGGAAUGGUUUUUAUAGACGAAGAUUAAAGAUGAGUCCGAGAUAAGAUUAAUCUUUUUAGUUACUGUCUGCAUUGAUAUUUGUUCUUGUCAUUUUUUUUUGUGUGUUGGAUACACAAUUACAUGUGUGCCACCAGAUAAGUCUGUACACUGGGUCUGUAAUGAGUUGCAGUUGGCAUUCAACAGUAAUCUGAAAUUCCACACCAUCUGGAAAACAGUGGGGGGGAAAAAAUCUCAAUAUUGAUUUUUCAGAAAAUAAUGAAGGGAAACAAAUACCAGGCAAGGAAAUACCGCUCAUUCAUACUGUAAGAUUAACUAAAGACACCGGCCUCUGAGGUGUGCUGAUGGUGUACGUUGCCUUAUUCUUGAGAUAUGGCACUAGCUGGUUUCCUUAAAUUGAAUGUGGAGGUAGUAAAAACCUGAGCUUUUUCACAAUCAAUAAAUAAAUGUGAUUUCUACUAAGGCUGAGCCAUUCAAUCGACCCCGAUCUUAUCUAUCUCUAAUAUGACUCAACUCGUUCAAGUCUAUAAUACUUGUUAUUAUAUUUAAACAUAUAUAUAUAUCUAUUCAGUUCAAACUGUCUGCACUUUUCUAUUUAAAAUUGGUACAACGUUUUGACCUUACCUUUGUGUUGUUGUUGUUGUUGUUAUUAUUGUCAUUGUCAUCACUGAUGUGAUUGAACAGAUCCAGAGGUGGUUUCCUUUGUAAGUUGUAAGAUAAAGUGGGUCAGUUCAAACAGAUGGACUAUAGGUAAACCCAGAGAAAAAUAAUAUUUGCUAAUGGUUAUUUUAUUUCUUUCAUAUGUAAUAGGAGCGCCAUGUUUUUUGAUUUGCAGAUUAGAUCCUUCCAAAAGGCGAAGGUAUAAAAUAUCACAGACAUAUAAGAAUUGACUCUGGAAAAACAAAUUAAUUAAAAACCCAUUGUAAUAAUAAUGUAAUUAUUUCCCAUUGGAGAAUUUCAUCCCUCACUAAGGUUUUGUCGUCCUUCUGUUUUCACUGUGUGUUCAUUGUAUUUAAAUGUGAUGGAGUUGCAAACUAUUAAGGUGUGCCUUAAAUAAUGAAUUUCUUUUUUU